AUGGGGAGCGCUGCCCUGUACCACCUGGCCAAGGCGAAGUUCAAGGUGUUGGGACUUGACAAAUUUGGGCCCGGCCACAAGAAAGGCUCCUCUCAUGGGGACACACGCAUAAUUCGAAAGGCAUACCAUGAGCAUCCCUCCUACGUCCCAUUGUUGAAAGAGUCUACUCGCCUUUGGCGGGAGCUGGAGGGAGAAACAGGGCAGCCUCUGCUGCACAACACUGGCUGCCUUUCCAUCGGAGAUGCGUGCAAGCCUGCAAGGGAUGCUGCUGUCAAGCAUGGACUCGACCAUGUGUUGCUGUCGGGACGGGAAGUCAACAGGCAGUACCUUGGGUACAACCUCCCAGACGACAUGCCAGCCUUGUAUGAGGCGGGUGCUGGAAUAUUGGAAUCAGAAAAGUGCAUCGCAGCACACUGCGAAGUGGCCAAGUCAGCAGGCACUGAACUGCGGUGGGAAGAUGGCAUGACUGCAUGGAAGGCCGAUGGAAGUGGAGUCCAGGUGACCACCACCAAGGGAGGGACAUACCUGGCAAGUCGCCUGGUGCUGUGCUGCGGAGCAUGGAUUGGUGAAGUGGUGCCCCAGUUGAAGACAGUUUGCAUUCCCGAGCGUCAGGUUGUAGCCUGGUUUGACACUCAGGACGAUCCCCGAUUUGCUUUCGGCGCGUUUCCAGUAUGUAUGAUGAUUGAUGGAGGGCCAUCUCGCUCGUGCUAUGCCUUUCCAAAUUUUAGAAAAUCAGGUGACGAUUAUGGGUGGUCAAGAGGCGUGAAGGCCGAAGCCUAA